AAUAUUGACAAAUAUGUGGAAAAUUUUGAAGAUGUUAAAGGAAACAACAAUAACAGUAAUAGUGAUAAUGAUACUUUUGAUAAAUAUGAAAAAACAAGUAACUCUAAAAAUAUUAUUAUUAAUUCAGCUGACCAAAUGGAUAUAGAUGAGGAAUUUGAUAAUAAUAAAAAUGACAACACAAGUAACCAACCAAACCAUGAUGAUGAUGGUGAGACUAUUAGAUUUCCAGAUAUAAAUCAGAUUGUUGAUAUAUAUCCAAAAACAAUUUCUUAUCAAUUUCCACUUUUAUUAUUAUUAAUUCAAUCAAAGACAAAGCAAGAAGGAAAUACAACUACAAUUGCAACAAAAGUGACUUAA